AAGUUUAUUCUCUUGGUGUCUCUACACUCUCAUAAUUUUUUUCAGAAAUCAAACACCGUGUCCUUGUGAGAGAACAUGCACUACUAUUAUUUUUUGGAUUAAUUUCAGUUUAUCCCCCUGAGGUUUAGGGGUGUCGUCAUGUCACCCCCUCUACUCUCAAUUUUAAAUUUUUAUCCCCUGAGCUUUUCAAUUUUUCUCAACCGUGUCCAUUUCGUCCAAAUUGGCCGUUAAGUUCGACAAUUGGGCCCACUUUAAGGGCUAAAAGGGUCAUUUGAAGACAAAAAAAACCUCGACCAAAAGAAAAAAAAAUUCUGCUUCUUCCUCCUCUCCCCAACGAUCUGAACCUCAUCAAUGUGGCCUUCCUCUUCUCAUCUUCAUCGUUCAAACCACUCUCCACCUCUUAUGCCCUUGAGGGAAUGGGAUGCCGGGGUACAUACUCGCCGUACUUGAUUCUGACCUUGUUGGUGUUCUCGGUCGAGAAGAGCAUGAGAAUGUUGAGGGAGAGAGAGGCGGAAGUGGUCGGGCUCGAUUCGCCAUCUAGAUUGGGUGAGUUGAUGCCCAUUUAUUGGAUAACGAAUUGGUGGAAUUAGAGAAGCGAUUUGAGUCGACACAACAAGCGAAAUCGAGCAUCAGAUUGUCCGAUCGAAACAUCAUUGAAUUGGUCCAAAAGCUUCACAACCUCUACAUGGCUUCGGUUCGGAUUUGUUCGUGACCGAAUUGGAAAUCGAAGGUGAUGACGGCGAUGAUAUCGGGGUCAAAUUCCAAUUCGGGGCUAGGGUUUGGGGUGGAGUCAAAUUCUCAGGGCUCCGGCUCUGAAUUCGGUGACUUUCUAGCUCCAUAAGGGCUUCGAGUUGUUGGGUUGGAGUCCGAUUCGGAUUCGGAUAACGAUGAAUUCAAAAGUGGAGGUAGAAGAGCGGCGGAGGUUACCAGGAGAAUGAUGAGGUUCUCAGCGACGACGCCGUUUCGGACUUCGAGCAGGACGAGGAGGUUCUCAACGACGACGCCGGCGAGCCCAAUUUCUCGCCUGACCUCUAGCUCUUCAUCGGAAACCUUCUCCUCAAUGUUGAGAUGGUUGAGGAAGUAGAAGCAGCUGCUCGACAGUUCAAUGGCUAUGUGAGUCAUCAUUUUGUGUCUAUGAUUUGUGUGUGUAUAUGUGAGAAGGUGAAAAAAAUUGUUUGAGAUUUGAGAAAGUUGCAUUGGUGUUUGAGACUCGUUCAAGAUUUGUUAACCAGAAAAGUUAGUGUUGAAGCUUAGUGAGAGCUUAUCUUAAGGUUACUGUGGUAGCUCUGGUAUUGACCCACAGUUCGAUGUAUUUUUGGCAUGGUUGUUGUUUGUAUGUUAUUAGAUAUUUUGGAGCGAAGAUGAGUUGGAGAUGAUGGUAAUGGGUUUCCUGGGAUCAGAUUAUGGGAGGUUGAGGAAGCUGAGGGGAAGAAGAAGAAGAAGAAUGAUUUUUUAUUUUUGUUUUUUUUUUCUUUUUCUUGAAAUGACCCUUUUAGCCCUUAAAGUGGGCCCCAUUGUCGAACUUAACCGCCAAUUUAGACAGAAUGGACACGGUUGAGGAAAAUUGAAAAACUCAGGAGGUAAAAAUUUAAAAUUGAGAGUAGAGGGGGUGACAUGACGACACCCCCAAACCUCAGGGGGGUAAACUGAAAUUAAUCCUUAUUUUUUUCACAGAAUACCUAUUUAUAUAAAGAACAAUGCAAUAACCAAACCGCAAAUUUUCAUAUUGUUAUUGUUUCAAGGCAAUAACUAAAUCAGACUAAUAAUUAGACAGGAAUUCUACUUGAUAAACAUAGUAAAUCAAAUUCUAAUUAAGGCCUAGUUAAAUUGGCAUGGGAAAGAAGAUAGCAACCACUAACAGUUAGAUAGAAAAUUCUUCAUAGAGCAGUUUCAUGAGAAAAGAAAAACAAAGAUAUAAUUUGAAAAAAGAGAUCUUUGAAAAAAGAUCCGUAAUAAUUUGAGCUUACCUGGUGGCUUUAUACAUACUGGAGAUGUUAUUGCUGUCUUUUAUGCCACAUUGCCAUAUGAGUGCCGGCAGUAGUAGCAUAGAUUCUUGAUCCAUUUUGUCUCAUGCUUUGACUCUUUAUGCACAAGAGGUUGUUUCCCUGUAGAUUUAUCCGCCUAGAUGCCGUCUUGAUAUUCUUGAUGGAGAUUCAAUUUGACCUAUGUGAAUGUAGUACAUUGUAAACAACAAACCCGGGAUACUACCAGAAUUCAUAUAUGUGCCUUAGUCCUCUUUAUGAUAGACCAGCACAAACAUGUCAAACUGAAAUACUGGAGUUGUGCAACUGAAAACACAACUCAUACACAAGUCAGUAGUCAUACAGAAAUUAGAAAAUGAGUUCCAAGGAGGGAGCUAAUAAGCCUCAUGUUAUUUGUAUUCCUAUUCCUGUUCAAAGCCAUAUAAAGGCAAUGCUUAAAUUAGCAAAACUCCUCCACCAUAAAGGAUUUCACAUAACCUUUGUCAACACAGAGUUCAACCACAAACGCUUUCUCAAAUCUCUAGGACCGAACUCUUUAGAUGGCUUACCUGACUUUCAGUUCAAGACCAUUCCAGAUGGUCUUCCUGUUUCAAAUGAGGAUGCCACCCAAGACAUCAGUUUGCUUGGUGAAUCCAUCAUGAAAAAUUUCCUAGCUCCAUUUCGUGACCUCGUCAUUAAACUCAAUAACAAUGUCACUGCAGCAACUUCCACCAAUAUUAGUAGUCCUCCAGUGACUUGCAUUGCUUCAGAUGGUCUCAUGCUGUUCGCAACCAAAGUUGCUGAAGAACUUGGAAUCCCUAUUGCACUAUUGUUUCCUUUUGCAGCAUGCGCCUUCAUGGGCUAUAAACAAUAUCCCGCUCUAGUUGAAAAAGGUCUUGCACCACUCAAAGAUGAGAGCUGUUUGACGAAUGGGUUUCUGGACAAGCUAAUAGAUUGGAUUCCAGGAAUGAAAGGUAUCCGCUUAAAAGAUCUACCAACCGAGUUUCGAACUACGAAUCCCAGUGACCUCAUUUUCAAUGGCAUUCUUGAUGUAAUGGGUAGCCUUCAUAGAGCUUCAGCAGUUGUUCUUCACACAUUUGACGCAUUGGAGCCAGAUGUUUUGGAUGCUCUCUCUAGCACUACAUCUAUGCUCCCACCAGUUUAUGCCAUUGGCCCUCUGCAAUUACUUCUCAAUCAAAUACAAGAAGACCCUUUGAAGCCUAUAGGAUACAGCCUAUGGAAAGAAGAAACUGAGUGCCUACAAUGGCUAAACAAUAAGGCACCAAACUCAGUUGUUUAUGUGAAUUUUGGAAGCAUAGUGGUCAUGACACCACAACAGCUUGUAGAGUUUGGUUGGGGACUUGCGACUACCACGCUUCCAUUCUUGUGGGUAAUAAGACCUGAUUUGGUUGUUGGUGAAUCAGCAGUUUUACCACCAGAGUUUUUAGCUGAAACUAAAGAAAGAGGUCUAAUUACAAGCUGGUGCCCUCAAGAACAAGUCCUUAACCAUCCAUCAGUUGGAGGAUUUUUAACACACAGCGGUUGGAAUUCAACCAUCGAGAGUUUGUGUGCAGGAGUACCUAUGCUAUCUCUGCCAUUCUUUGCGGAGCAGCAAACAAAUUGUUACUAUACUUGCAAGGAAUGGGGCAUUGGCCUGGAGAUUAACAAUGAUGUCAAGAGAGAUGAAGUGAAGAAGCUUGUUAGAGAGUUAAUGGAAAGAGAGAAGGGUAAAGAAAUGAAAAAUAAGGUCAUGGAGUGGAAGAAACUAGCAGAAGAAGCCACUGCUCCACAUGGUUCGUCAUCCAAAAACUUGGACAAUUUAGUGAAACGGUUGCAAGUGAGAAAAACUAGCUAGAUAAAAUGCAUAAGAACCUUCUUAACUUUGUUUAUCUGAUUGAGAAAGAUAUAUGUCUACCAGGAAGAAACUGGCCCAAGGAGCCAGAAGUCCCCAUCUUUCUUCAUCCACAAUCUAAGACAAUUUAGUGAAUCAAAUGACUACUAAGAAAAAUAUAGACAGUAUCUCCGUAAGAAUGUUGCCAACAUUUUUGUCGGGGCUGUGAAUUUAUUUUUAUUGUUGGUUUAUUGUUGGGUAAGUCGUAAUAACUAGGGGCACUGCCUAUAACGCCCAUUGCCGCCGUAAA